AUGCAGAGGUUGUGUUUGGGAAUUGUGACUAAUUUUACACUCUUUCUUUUCAGACACCCCUUUUCUGGCCGUGAGGGACCCAUCUCGAAUGGCUCUGGCUUUAUAAUAAGUAGUGAUGACCUGAUAGUGACAAAUGCCCAUGUGGUCGCCAACAAGCGUGGUGUUCGUGUCAAACUGACCAAUGGUGAGACUUACAGCGCCACAGUCCAGGAUGUGGACCAGGCUGCAGACAUCGCCACCAUCAAAAUCAAUGUUAAGAAUCCUUUACCAACGUUGCGUCUUGGCAAGUCAUCUGAUGUGCGUCAAGGUGAAUUUGUGGUUGCCAUGGGGAGCCCCUUUUCUCUUAAAAACACCAUCACAUCUGGAAUUGUCAGCUCUGCACAGAGAGGCAGUAAAGAACUGGGUCUCUCCAACUCCAACAUGGACUACAUCCAGACGGACGCUACCAUAGAUUUUGGAAAUUCAGGAGGGCCUCUCAUAAACCUGGAUGGUGAGGUCAUCGGCAUUAAUACCAUGAAAGUGACAGCAGGGAUUUCCUUCGCUAUUCCCUCAGACAGAGUCCGUCUCUUCCUUGACCGAUCUGCAGACAAACAGAGUAAGAAUGACCUCACAGCUGCUUGCUUUUGUCUGUGACAGCAUUUUUUUUCACUGACAGAUGGGUAUUGGGUUUUUUUUUUAGACUCUUGGUUCGGAGAAUCGGGAUGGAAAAGGCGUUACAUUGGAGUGAUGAUGUUGACUUUGACCCCCAGUAUAAUCGAAGAGCUAAGGAUGCGAGACCCGUCCUUCCCUGAUGUUUCUCAUGGAGUUCUCAUCCACCGUGUGAUUGUAGGAUCUCCAGCCAACAGAUGUGCUGCUCUCUGAACAUGAUGUUAUCAGCUGUUGAUUAAGGCAUCCUAUUGAUGAUGUCAUUUCCUGUUUUCUGUUUUGCAGAGCCGGAAUGAAGCCAGGAGAUGUUAUUAUUGAGAUCAAUGGGGUAAAGGUGAACACGUCAGAGGAGAUAUAUAAUGCUGUGAGGACCAGCGAAAGCUUAAAUGUGGUGGUCCGCCGGGGGGCCGACCUGCUCAUGCUGCACAUGACCCCAGAGUCCACAGAGUGACAUCAAGUCUAGUUUUUAGUAAGAUUAAGAAAUGGUGAGUAAUGAGAAGCUGUCAUAGUUGGAGCUGUUGUAAGAAAGGAAUCAUCUUAAGAGUUGAACAGUUUUAGCAAACGCUGGACAUUCGUGUAGUAAACGUGUUUCUGGAAGCGUAUGAAAUAAUGUGGAUGAUUCAGACUUCUGUACACUGGAUAAACCUCAGUGUGUCUGCGCAAACUACACUAUCAGUAUUGAUUUGAAGGAAUAUCACUGAAUAUUUUGUUUAGGAUUGUCAUGAUGGCAACAAACACUCAACGACCUUAAUAAAACUGGGUGCUCUUAUUGUGAAAAUGCUGAUGUUUUGUAUUGAGUCUCACAUUCUCAUGUUACGACGUUUGUAUUUUAAUACAUUUUUCUGAACAGCUCUGAUUUCACAAUAAACCAUUGGAAUAUU